AUGUCAGAAGCGCGUACGAAAGUAAGGGAGGAGGUAUCAACUGUGGUGGCGAUGGGUGCUGUGGAGGAAGCAGCAGGAGCAGCGGCAGCUGAGGCGGUGGGAACAGCAGUGAGGGAAGCUGAGGCGGUGGGAACCGGUGCAAGAGGCGACAGAGCAGGGAGAAGCGAUGGGAAGAGGUGGAGCCGGGGGCAGGAGCUCAACUCCAGCUCCACGCUGCAGGAGCGUGAGAAGGGUGAGGGACGCAGGGAGAAACUCAAGCUGCCUGAGUCCGUCCAGCUCCAGAAUGCGAAGGGCGGGCGCCAGCUGAGAAAAGUCUGCCGGCACGUGCUGUGGCCCUCUUCCAAAGCAGCCGCCUCUGUUCAGUUUCAGCACCUCCAGCUUGGGCAGGCUGGCGACAGCGCCGGGCAGUGCGUCGAAUUCGCAGCCGGCGCUGAGCUCAAGCGCACGGAGGUUUGGCAGAUGCCCGAAGCUGGAAGGGAAUGA